AUGAAAACAUUUGUGUCAACUUUAAUCGUCUUAAAUUCCAUUUCAUCGAUUAUUUGUUUUCCUAAAUUUGACGAAACUACUUUAAUUAGCGUAGAUGAUGAAGUUAAAGUGGAUGAAUCGUUAAUCGAAAAAAUUAAUUUCGCUUUAGAUGAUUUUAAGCGAUUGGAAAGAAACGUUAAAUUCAGAAACAGAAAACAGUUGUUUCCGUUUGUUCCACAAGCUAUUGACAAGCAAUGUGUGUUAAAUCGAUACAAAAAGCUUAACAUCAGUGACAAAAUACCAAGCAAAACAUCAGGAAAAAAUAUUUACGAACCAACAAUGACAAUUUUUGUGUUCAUGAGAAAGAUUUGCUCAAAAAAUCUUGAUAAAUAUUUGAGGCACACAUUCGAGAGUGUCAUGUCCGAUCACUUCAAAUUAGACUUGAAAGCUUUCAUUGAGGAUCCACAAGUUUUAGAGCUGUUGACAUGUACCAAUUACUUUGCUGUUAGAAAUGGUAUCAUUGAUCCAAGUGUCUACAAAAUCAACUACAAUUUGAGUAGCAGCGAGGCCGAAGCAGAAUGCUUAAGUAGAAACCUUGGGAACUCAAAUCAUUUAUUUAAAAUGAUGAAAUCAGAUUUUCCUGAAAUAUCCAAGAAAUUACUCGGCCCGGAAAUAUUAAAAGAAAUUGACUUUUUCUUUUUAAAAAACUUUUUACUGCUUCAAGUCGAAAUGACUUUCGAGCAAAAGCAGCAUGAGAUGAAGAAUUAUGUAUCCGGGGGUAGAAAAAUUAUCGAAGACGUUCUGAUGACAUUAGCAGAGAGUCAGAAUAAUUGAAAUCUGAGUUGAAUGUGCUUUGAAAUUAUUUUAGAUUUUGUUAACUAAAAGAAAAGAAUUAUUCAAUUAAAUAAGAAUUAAAUCAGAUUACUCACAUCCGUUUUUACUUCAAGUUCUUGAACUUUUUUGUUAAUUAAUUGUGUUGAUAAUUUGUUGAAUACCAAAAAUAUUAUAAAGUUUAAUUUUUUAUCAUUUAAGUAUUAAAUUCCAUACACGUGCAUCAUUUUAAAUUGCACAGACUUUGUAUGAUAUCAUCCCACUGUAAAUAAGAAUCAAAUGAAUUUAUUUUGAAUAAAGUUGCAUUUAAUAAUCAA